AUGGGUCCCAUAGAUCUAGAUCACAUGAACGCCGAUGAGCCGCCUUCCCCAAGAUCUCAUACUCAGAGCCAACAACCAAAUUCCAUUGCAGAUGACCAGAGCUCCAUUCCAGCUGAAACUUUGCAAGCUCGUCAGCAAUCUUCUAUCCCUUCGGCCAGCGACGCACCUCCAUCACAAGCCACCAACCAAGUCUUGUUUUUUGGCGAGUCGAAUCUCCUAACCUGUGUCAUCAGUCCUGGUGCUUCCGAGACUGCAGCUGAAACCCAGAAAAGACUUCGUUAUUCCAUUUCAGACGCUAUCAACGUUAGAGCAUCAGAGUUAUUUGCAGAGCAUAGUCUCCCCACUAGCUCAGCUAAAGCUCAUUACCUGGCUCAAGAAGGUGCUUUCACGCUUCCAUCCCCUCAAGACUGUGUUGCUGUCCUCCGAGCAUAUUUUCAAUGGUUUCAUCCUUGCUUUCCGAUUGUCGAUCGUGUCGAAAUAGCAAAUCGAUACAAUAAGGGUGAAAUGUCUCCCCUUUUGCUCAAAGCAAUGCUGUUCAUUGGAGCAAGUUACUGUGACGAAGACACGGUUCGCCGAAUGGGAUUCAAAGAUCGUCCAGAGGCAAAGUCUCAGCUAUAUAACCAAACAAAAAUUCUCUACGAUGCUGAUUGGGAGUCAAACGAAGUUACUAUUCUUCAAGUAUUGUUCUUGAUUAGUUUUUGGAGGGCAGGGCCGCUCAAUGUAAAGAAUACUCGAUACUGGCUUGGAGCAGCCAUCAGUCUUGCCCAAGCUCGCGGAUUUCACAGAUCACAGCAUUCAUCUCCCACGAACGUGAAAGAAUCCAAACUUAGGAAGCGGAUCUGGUGGUCAAUAUAUGUUCGAGAUCGUCAGUCCUCGGCGUCGCUAGGUUUGCCAAGUCGAAUUCGAGAUGAGGAUUGUGACAUCGAAAUGCUCAGCUAUGCAGAUUUUGAAGAAGAUAGCGAUGUCAUUAUUCCAGACUUUAUUGGAACUCAUAAGUCAGCACAUGGAAUCUACGCUGUCCAAAUGGCUCGGUUGGCCCAACUGCUUGGGAGAGUCAUAACAAAUCAAUUUAGGCCUAAUGGACAUCAUCCUGACGACGACGAAAGAUUUGGGCUUAUUCAUUCACUUGAAGAGUGGAAGGCCAUGUUACCAGAGAGCAUGAGGUCAUGCGAAACAGAGGGGGGCAGUGAGAGUAUUUGGGCAUACCUUUUGCACCUCGCGUACAACUACCUUCAUAUUUUACUUGACCGCCAUGAUUAUACGCAGACCCAAACCAAUCGCAACAGGUCUGAAAGCGGACCGGCACUUCAAGCGGCAUGCAGGGUGACGAGAAUCGUUGAAGAUAUGCUUUCUCAAAAUCUUAUCCAAUUCGGUCAAAUGCAUUUCGAUUAG